CCAUUCGGGCUUCCGUAGACGUCGCAUAGGCUAUUGACGUCAGCAUAACAACAACCUGUCAUGAAAGGGAAAAAAUAAUCGGUUUUAGAUUCAACAUCGAAGUAUUUCAUAAUCCAUUUCACCUGUAUGUAACAUACCCUCCAAAAGUGCGUGCCAUCCAGGAGGGACAGGGCAUUCUUGGACCUGUCAGCUAGCCAGCCGAAGAGACGGGGAACAGGAUAGGGAAGCAGGGCGAGGCGGGCCCCGCGGAGCCGGCGGAGAAAAUGGCCGGCAGCCCGGAGAAGAGUUCAACCGCGCAGGAGCUGAAAGAGCAGGGGAACCGGCUGUUCCUCUGUCGCAAGUACCAGGAGGCUGCUACAUGCUACAGCAAAGCUAUUAACCGUAAUCCGUCUGUGGCAGUGUACUACACCAACAGGGCUCUCUGCCAUGUGAAGCUGCAGCAGCAUGACAAAGCUCUGGCAGAUUGUAAGCAUGCUCUGGAGCUGGACAGCCAGUCAGUCAAGGCCCACUUCUUCUUGGGCCAGUGUCACCUGGAGCUGGAGAACUAUGAUGAAGCCAUUGGCAAUCUGCAGAAAGCAUAUAAUCUGGCAAAGGAGCAGAGGCUGAAUUUCGGAGACGACAUCCCCAGUGCCUUGCGCAUUGCCAAGAAGAAACGCUGGAACAGCAUUGAGGAGAAGCGCAUUAACCAAGAGAACGAGUUGCACGCUUAUUUGACCAAACUCAUACUGGCUGAGAAGGAACGUGAACUUGAAGAAUACAAAGAAAAGCAGGAUGACAAUCAAAAUGAGGGUGAAACUGCCAAGAUUGCAUCAAAACAUGACAAGUACCUAAUGGACAUGGACGAGCUCUUCUCUCAAGUGGACGAGAAAAGAAAAAAGCGGGAGAUCCCAGAUUACCUGUGUGGGAAGAUCAGCUUUGAGCUGAUGAGAGAGCCCUGUAUCACACCCAGCGGCAUCACCUACGACCGCAAGGACAUUGAAGAGCACCUACAGCGGGUGGGUCACUUUGACCCCGUUACCAGGAGUCCUCUGACCCAGGACCAGCUGAUCCCAAACUUGGCCAUGAAGGAGGUCAUCGAUGCCUUUAUCCAGGAGAACGGCUGGGUGGAGGACUACUGAGGAAAAACACCCACUUCCUUUUACUCCACAAUACCCCCCCAUUAUUCAACACAACACCUGGAAGACUCAAGACUUUAGGGAACGGAUCGCUCCCCCCUUGCCUCGAUAUGUACUUUAAACAAGUGGGAAAAGCCACACCGUGGACUACCUAAGGGCAGCCAUGUGUCUUGGUCUGCCUCUCCUCUUCUCUCCUCCCCACAUUUUAUCUUUGCUGUAAAACCUCCUGCUCCCACUCUCUGAGGCUCAGUGUUCAUGGCCUGCUGCUCCCUUUAAUGCCCUCCUUAUUCAUCCAACGUUUUUUCUACAUUUCGGUAAACAUCGACCCCACUCCCUGCCGUGCUGUUUCUAGUAUUAAAGGCCUGACUCUUCUCUUUAACUUAAAACAAGGGGCCAUGUUCUCAGGUCUCUUCUUGCUUGCCCUCUAUAUAUCUGUCCCCUUUUUUCUCUGAGUGCCACAAUCUUUGGAAAGCAUCAGCAUUGCACACCGGUGUUUCACAGAUUCCACCAAUAUUUAAAAAAAGAAGAACGAUUGGUGGUAGAAUUAAUGGAAACAUUGGCCUUUUAUGUGGUGUUUACUCUAGUAUUUCAUAGUCUUUUUUUUUUCUUUUCUUUUUUUAAAGAAAGGAGCACUUCAUAAUGUACAUUUGCUGAAGUGGCAACAAAAAUGCCAAAACACUAUUCUCAGCAAGGGAGACUAGUCUGUAUGCUAGUUUUACACAAUUAUAAUUGAAAUAUAAUCAACAAUAAGUUUGUCGUUGGUCAUUUUAACAUGUUGUGAGUCGACUAGCAUGAACAUGGCACCAUACUGUAAGACUAAAAUUAUGGUUUUUCCCCUUUUGCAUAUCAAUCACACCCCAUUUACAGACAAUUAAAAAUAAUCUGAAUGUAUGCACAAACAAUAACACAACGAUGUGAGAUUUUCACGAAAAUCAGCCUCAGAAUGGGAUCUAAUAAAAAAAAAAGAAUGGCAAGGAUGGACUGCUGCGUAGAAAAAAAGUAGUUUUAACGUUGCUGGAUAAUUAUUGAAUAAUGUUGACAUGUUUGCAGAAUGGUCUGUGCUGUCUGUGUCGUUUUAAAGAAACAAAACCAUGCUUUUUUUGCUCCUUCAGUUUGCCCCUGCGAAGGUCAGUGUGGAUGCUUACAUUGAGCAUGAGGUGAAUUUUCCUUUUCCCCUUCUUUGCAAAAAAAAAAAACCAAGAGGGUGGUUGCAAAAAAACAAACAAGAGCGUGGUUGUCACUUCCGUCACCUUUUUUUCGCUGUCAAGUUUAUGCACCUUCUCUCAGUGUCACAGUUCUAGAGACAAUGGUUGUAUCUGCUCGUGUAUGUUUUUUAUAUGUCCUGUUACAAGGAUCCGAGGUUCACUAGCAUCACUGUACUAACCUCCUAUUUAAAAUGCUGGAAGAGUGACGACCAUCUUAUCCAUACCUCAGUCCAACUUGCGUGCACACUGGUUUGCUUUUUUCCGUUCCAUCCCAUUAGUUUACAGGUUCUUUAGGCUGAAUGUGUGUCUAUGAUGAGUUGGGCCUGUCUGGCUUGUGUCGGGGGUGCAGGCUUUGUAAAUAGUUUGCUUGUGUAUCUCAGAUUUUAUUUCUUUACAAAAAAUAGGUAUCUUUUUUUUUCUUUUUCUUGAGAAAUCCUAGAGCUUGAGAAACUGUAUUAAAUGUAGAUAUGUUAAUAACAUAAUUGCCUGGUUCCAUUUUCAUUUGUCCCUCUUCAAACCCUUGUACUUUGAUUUUGUUGUGUUUCUGAAUAUUAUGCUUAUCAUUAAAGAGAUACCAAGUAUGAAAACAA